AUGAUUUCUUCAUCUUCCGACCACCCUGCAUCCUGCUCAGAUAUGUCGUUGCGAGAAAUCCCCGGUGACUAUGGCUGGCGGUUCUUCGAACCCAUCAAAGACCGUUACGACUACUUUUUACAACCAAGGCAAGGACCUUUCAUCUCCUCCAAUCCUAGAGUCGUAGCCGUCCUCGAUUCCAAAAGCUUCACCGUUCUCUUCGACAACACGAAAGUCGAAAAGAAGAACAUUCUCGAUGGCACCUAUAUGCCCUCAACGGCCUUCUUCAGUGGUUACCGUGUCUGUGCUUUCCUCGACACCGCCGAAUCUAACCAUCAUGCUUUGAAAUCGUUCUUCCUCUCGUUCCUUGCUUCGUCGCACAUGAAAUUCAUUCCCUAUCUACGGACCAGCUUGUCAGAGCUCUUUGUGAACCUCGAAAAUGAUAUAUCUGAUAAGAAAUCGGCAGAUUUUAACGACAACAGUGAUAACAUGGCGUUUGAUUUUGUGUUCAGGCUGGUCACCGGAGUUAAUCCAUCAGAUACGAAACUCCAAUCGAAAGGUCCAGGAACAAGGGCAAGAAUUUAG